AUGUCAGAAACACAGCGCUUUGAGAAAGAGAACGUACAAACAGCCAGCGAUGCAGACUUGUUUAAUGAAGACGAUGAUAUGGAAGACACCGACACUGAGAGUCGGAUGACAACCCAGUUCGACACACCACAGUGCACGAUGACCAUGGUAUCAACAGAAACCUCCCUGAUGAACGUCGAAGAGUCCUUGAACAAUGUCGCAGGUCAGCCAUCAACUUGGGCGACUCGGUCGGACAAGAGGGGGACCUCCCAGAUGGACUUGGACCAGCCCCCAACAAGGACAGCUCCGCUUGAGAAGAGGGAAAAGCGAGUCACCGAUCCGGUACUACCUGACAAGCGCCGCAUCAAAGAAGUUGACUACUCAGAGACACUACGCGACACUGUGUACAGACAAGAGGAACUGAUCAACAAUAUGAAAAUGGAAGUGGAAAAACAAUGA